GGGGGAGGAGACAUUAGUCUACAAGAAAGGAAAUGGGCCAAUCAUUGACCUUUCCUUUCAAUACCCAACAAAUGCAAAACAAGUGGGGGGGGCGAAAAAAAGGAAAACUCGAGCAUCCGCCCCCAUCAGGUAUGCAAAGGACCCCCCACCAAGGGCAAAUCUUCAAAAAAGUGUGGAAAACUUAGCCCCUCCUCCUCUAAACUAGGGAUGCAUCAAGGACCCCAGGGAGAUCAUUUUACUGCAUUUACGUUUUUUACGUCAAAAUGACAUCAAGUCAAAUGAACUCAUCUCCAAAAUCCAGUUAUCAAUCAGGUUAUCAGCCUGGAACUUUUAAACCUAAAAAAUCUUAAUAUGGUGGAAACAAGGCCAAUCAAAACGGAAUUAAGAUAAUUAGUGAUCGUGUAGUGCAAUAUAACAGUGAUGAGAAAAGAUCAAUUGAAAAAAUAGUGAAAAAAGUGAAACUCCAAAGACAUGAGAUUUCCAAGACAGGUCCUGUCAUAAAUAUUGACUUUGACCUUCAAAAGGUUGAAAAGAAGAAGAAAAACUCAGCCAGACGAUUGGGCCAUAAAUCACCCGGUAGCACUCAAAGUGGCUCUAAAAUCCUGAAAGUCAAUAAUAAAAAAACAAGUGAAAUUAUGCAAGUGAGUACAGAAGAAAAAAAGUUAUGGAUUAAUAUGUUAGAAAAAGAUCUUGAUUUAUUCAAUCAAGUGAACUGCAUUGAUAAGAAAAAGGAUCUGAAAAAAAUACAGGCUCGCGAAAAACGUUUAAAACUCGCGGAAAAAAAGAAGGCCGACUUUAUCGCUCGCGAAAAACGUCGCGAACUAGCUAAGGAAAAACAAAGACAAUUUAGAGCUCGCGAAUCAGAAAAAAAUCGAUCCAAGGACAACACAUCGAAGGAUAUCAUCCCUGAGCCCAUGAUGGAAUUGGAUUCAUCGAUCGAGAUCAUUCCCAGCACCCCAUCAGUGAUCAAUUUAAUCCUGGAACGCGAGGGUGAAGAUGCUCAGCAUGGAUCAUUGAAUUUCGCGACCUCAACCCCGAAAAAACCGCGAAAAUCUAUCGAGGAAAUCGAGGCCGUUCUAGUCGCGUUGGGCGCGAAUCUAGAACAAAGGAAUCGCGAGGACGAUUACGGAGGGCGAUGGGCUCCAACGCAGCGCCAAAAAGAGCUUGAUCAAAUUGCGAUGCAAUUGGAUCAAAGCGGGAAUGAUGAUGAUGAUGAAGGAUUGGCCCUCCAGAGUCUUGAUUUUACCCCGUUAUCACCCAGUAACCGUUCGGGUUAAAAAUUCAUUAAACAUGUCUGUAUUUUUUUGAAUACCUGAAAUAAAAGUCAUACAUUUUAUUGCAUUACCUGUGAGUCUUGACUUUUUUUUAUUGCUAGGCAAGACCCAAUAUUCCCUCUCCUGUCCCCAGCCCUUUUUUUUCACGUAGAAGCUAGGAGAAAUUUCUCUCUCGCUUCUUCUUCGUCGGCGUCCUGUAGUCUUUCGUUUAUUGUCUCUUUCCUUCUCGUUGUUUAGAGGGUUUAGAGAACAAUUUUGACUUUUUCCUCGUCUUUCCUACAUAAAUCCUUACCCCCAUCUCCCUCUAACUUACGGUUUAGAGGGUUGAGGGCGAAAUAGUGGGGCAGAAGUUAUAUAAACCGUGAGGUUCCACUA